CGGGGCCGGGACGGCGGGGGCGGGCCCGGGGCGCUCCCGGCUUCUGCGGGCCCACGAGCUGGGGGUUGGGGCCCUGCGCGGCCCCGCCGGCUGCCCCGGCAGUGCAGUCUCCCUUCGCCCGGGUUGCGGUCAUUUCCGGGGCUGCGCUCAGACCGUAAGGGCCUCGCCGCAAUGCAACGCGCCGCUGUCGCUGCCGUCGGAGGAGGUGAGUCGCCUGGAUCCCCCUCAUCGCCAGGCCGUCACCUGGCCGCGGUCCCGGGAUGGGAGGGACCGUACAGAUGGCACUGCGGGCACUUCAUUGCUGUGGGGUCUGUGCCGGUGGUGCUGGGCGCCAUGGGCUUCACCAGCGCUGGAAUAGCCGCCUCCUCCAUCGCAGCCAAGAUGAUGUCCGCAGCUGCCAUCUCCAACGGGGGCGGAGUGGCAGCCGGCAGCCUGGUGGCUACUCUGCAGUCCGUGGGGGCAGCUGGACUCUCCACAUCAUCCAACAUCCUCCUGGCCUUUGUUGGGUCGACUUUUGGAGCCUUACUUGGAGGUUCAAAAAAGAAACCCCCUUCUCCUCCCCCAGCUGGAUCGGAGGAUGAAGGGGACCAGCCAGAAAAAAAAGACUCCUAAGUUGAAAUUCCAAAACUCCAACUUAGGUCAGAGAAGCAUGAGAAAUAAAGAUCAUAUGCAAAUGUA